AUGUCCCAGACAGAAACAUACACUCAGUACACAGUAAAGGGUACUGUCUCGGCCAAGUUUGAGAACAACACCAUUGAUCUCCAGGCAGCUUUCUCCUUACAGCCUACUGGGACGACCAACGAUCGUAGUCAAGCACCUACUGAUGAUCAAGUGAAAGAAAUACUCGAGUCAUUCAAUCACCUCUUUGAAAUGACUGCAAUUCACUCUGAGUCUGCUCUACAAUUCAUUGGAGAGAACAAGACUUUCUUUGCCAAUAGAAAACCUCUUUUCACUGCUGGUGUGAUUGCCGACUUUGACCGUACUAUCUCCCCAACAGAUUAUCCAGGGGUGAGCACUUCAAUAACUGAAGAUGACAUUGAUCUGCUUUCAAGGGCAAGAAAUGAAGAACAUAACACCAAGUAUUUCGAAAGCCAUAAGACCUUUGCACAGACCACCAGCAGCUCGGCUCCUUUGAUUGACUAUGAGCUGGCCAUGGAGCAGGAAUUGGCAGAGGAGAGAACUGCCACUCAGAACAUGGUGGACUUCUUCCAGGAUGAUGGAGAGGUGGAGUAG